UCACCUCUGCCAAAUUUUGACUGUCAACCGGUAUUCGUUUCGCACCCAUCCAUACUAAUUUCAAGGCCAAACAUACAAAAUCAUCACAAAAAGUCGGUCCAUGCCAUGUAUUUGUAAAGGAAAGCCCAACAGCAUCUCCAAUCACGGCAGGGAAUCAAUCGAUAUCAAAUCUGGUAUCAAUACCACCACUUGAGAGCAGAUAGCUCCAGUCGGGUUUCCAAAUCUCAACAAGUUACACCACAACGCUCCCCAGAAACCAUAUUGAAUUAUCCAAAAAUUUAUUAUGGCCAAUAUUCCCAAUGUGACGUUAAACAAUGGGCAGAAAAUGCCCCUUUUCGGUCUGGGGACGUGGAACUCGCCACCGGGUCAGGUCACCCAGGCGGUUAAGGAUGCCAUUGAUUUGGGCUAUCGACAUAUCGAUGGGGCCCAUUGUUAUCAGAAUGAACACGAAGUGGGGGCCGGAAUUACAGCCAAGAUUAAGGAGGGGGUUAUCAAGAGAGAAGAUAUUUUCGUCGUGAGCAAGCUGUGGAACACGAAGCAUCGCCCCAACCUCGUGGUGCCAAGUUGUAAGGGAACAUUGAAGGAUUUGGGACUGGACUAUGUCGAUUUGUACUUGAUCCACUGGCCGGUCGGGUACCUUGAAGGGGACGACCCCUUUCCCAAGGACAAGGACGGCAACUUCCUCCCCAGCGAGGCAGAUUAUGUCGAUACCUGGAAGGAAAUGGAAGAAUGUGUCAAACUCGGGUUAACCAAGAGCAUCGGGGUGUCCAAUUUUAAUUCGGACCAAAUAUUUAGAAUCUUGGGAAAAUGUACGAUCAAACCGGUCGUCAAUCAGAUCGAAUGUCACCCAUAUCUGACGCAAAGAAUGAUGCAGGAAUUUUGCAAAGCAAGGGACAUUCUCAUCACGGGUUACUCCCCCUUGGGAUCCCCUGCUCGUCCCUGGGUCACGGCUAACGACCCAGUCCUCCUUGAGGAGCCAAAACUUAAAGAAAUUGCGAAGAAGUAUAAUAAAAGUCCAGCACAAGUCGCCUUGAGAUGGAUGGUCCAAAGAGACAUUAUCGCCAUUCCAAAAACCGUGAAUAAGAAUAGAUUGAUUGAAAAUAUGAACAUUUUUGACUUCACCCUGUCCGAUGAUGACAUGGCUGCCAUAUUCUCGUUGGAGAAAGAGGGGGGUGCCGGACGCGGGUGUGCCGAAUUAGACGCCAAGGGACACAAAUAUUAUCCGUUCAAUACGGAAUUUUAAAAUUUCAUUUGCACCCAAAAAUUAUAAUUGAAAAAAUUACAGGAAUAAAGUUAGUAAUAUUUUAAUGAGUAUCAUUAUAA